CCCGAACAGCGGAAGAGCCCUGAGUUUGGGGAAUUCCUCGGAGGAAGUGAUCACAGAGCAGCUCCUUCGCUGCCGAAUCAUUAACACCUUUGAUAACAUUCGUCCGAAUCCCAAGGCGAAAGUGGGUUGAGGAUUUUAGCCCAGUGCGAACUCGUCCGUUGAAUUAUGUAGUAGGAGCGUUAACUUGUGGAAAUGUGCAGUUAACCUUAGAGCUGACCGGUCCUUAAGCAAUGGGCAAACGCUGGAGGCACGGGUUGCAGUGAAAGAGGAGGAGGAGGAGAGUCUGAGUGCGUAUCGAAAGUUAUGGAGUGUUCGAGAGGGAGCAAUUUCUCAAAUAUCUCAUCCAUCCUGGAUGUGGUUCCCUAUCAGAAGUUGGUGGAUCUGCAUUAUAUCAGCAAAGGAGGCUAUGGCGUAGUGUUCAGAGCGCAGCACAGCGACUGGAGGAUGACAGUGGCAGUCAAAUGUCUGCAGUUCGACUCUCCAAUGGGUGAAGGGGAAAGAAACAGUCUGUUGAAGGAAGCAGAAGUCUUGCACAGGGCCAGAUUUUCCCAUAUAAUCCAAAUUUAUGGUAUUUGCAAUGAACCUGAAUUUAUGGGCAUUGUGACGGAAUACAUGAGCAAUGGGUCUUUGGACCAACUCCUUUAUCAGAAAGAUACUUAUCCAACACUUCCUUGGUCAUUGCGACUUCGCAUACUAUAUGAAAUUGCACUGGGAGUGAAUUUCCUUCACAACAUGAACCCACCAUUACUGCAUCAUGAUCUGAAGGCACAAAAUAUUCUGCUGGAUGGUGAAUUUCAUGUAAAGAUUGCAGACUUUGGGCUCUCAAAAUGGCGCCGUUUGACAAUGAGUAAAUCAUCAGGCCUUAAAUCUCCCACUGCCGGAGGGACAGUUAUCUACAUGGCGCCAGAGCAGUAUGAGCCUAACAAAGCAAAGCGUGCAGAUGUAAAACAUGACAUGUACAGCUACUCAAUAAUAAUGUGGGAAGUCCUUUCAAGAAAACAGCCAUUUGAAGAUGCUACAAACCCAGUGCAGAUCAUGUUUAGUGUACUGCAGGGUUCCCGACCUGACACCAGUGAGGAAAGCUUAUCAUUGGACAUCCCGAGCCGCAAAACGCUGCUUGCGCUAAUGAUUAGUGGCUGGUCUCAAAACCCUAAUGAACGGCCUUCCUUUGUUAAAUGCCUCAUGGAAUUGGAACCAGUGAUUCGAGCAUUUAAUGAACUGACUCUACUUGAAGAUGUUUUGUAUCUUAAAAGAGCAAAAGGGAAUUGUGAUUUGAACCUUUUUUCAACAUCAUAUGAAAAACUCAAUGGAGAUUUGAAGUCACUUACUAUACCAGUACAGGCUAUCAAUCCAGAACCACAAACCUUAUCCUCACAUCAGGAAGAUGUCUCCUUUCAGCAGUCGGAAGGAGUUCGCCAUCAGUUUCCCACAGCUCCCUCACUUCCUCAAUACAACAUUAAGCCUUCAGUAUCAGAAAACAGCAAUUUUACGAAUAGCAGAAGCACAGAUGAAAAUGCUCGGUCUAGUAUAAAAUGUCAAGAUGAAGAAUUAUACACACCAUCUUUAGUUGCACCCAGUGAAGAAGCCAGUUUGGCUCAGACUGCUAUAUGCCAACCAGAAGAUACCUUUACACCUAAAAGGGGAGUUCCUGAAAGUGAAUUGGACUGUGAACAUGGAUUAAUAACAUUCCAUUCUUCCACUGGUUUCUUCACAGAGAGUGUCUCUCAAGGUGUGGCUCACCAAUGGAUUCAAAGCAAAAGGGAGGAUAUUAUCAAUCAGAUGACAGAAGCAUGUCUGAAUCAGGCCCUAGACGCCUUGAUUUCCCGUGACCUAAUAAUGAAGGAGGAUUAUGAGCUCACCAGCACCAAACCUACAAGAACAGCCAAAGUCCGACAACUCCUAGACACUAGUGACAACCAAGGAGAAGACUUUGCCAGAGUUAUUGUUCAGAAGUUAAAAGACAAUAAGCAAAUGGGCCUUCAGCCUUAUCCAGAACUAUCUACAAUAUCCAGUCCACUCUCUUAUAUGAGCCUGAUGUCAACUCAACUCAAAAACAAGUGACUAUUAUUGAGACAAAAGCAAAAUGCUGGGAAUCUGAAAUAAAAACAGAGAAUGUUGGAAAUAGUCAGCAGGUCAGACAGUAUCUGUUGAGAGAGAAACAGAAUUAACAUUUCAGGUCGAUGACCUUUCCUCAGCCCAGCACUCUCUGUGACUGUUAUUCAGAUUUGUUGCUUCAGAUCUUUUGUUGGCCUGGGUCAUUUAAGCUAUCAUCUUCAGCAGUCUUUGUACUGUGCUGCAGGUUGCACCUAGUGAAAGUACAAUGUUUUAGAAGUUGGAAUAAAUAUCCUUUAACCAAA